AUGAAGCUCUGUCCCAGCUCGAGGAGCAUUCGCCUGCUGUUGGCCAUCGCCCUGACAAUCGCCAUAGCGGGAACCGAGGCGGGUCGUCUGCGCCUGCGCCACUCUAGCCGCCAGGAGAAGGUGGUGCAGCCGACGGAGGAGAGCAGUGCAUCCGAAUCGGCGGGGGCCAGUGAGGACUCUGGCUUGGCCAGCGGCAAGCACAAGCGGGGCAUCUUGCAUGGCCACCAUGGGCACGCCCUGCACGCCUCUGCGCCCUGGCCUGCACGCACCUAUGCAGCCCACUAUGGCUACAGCCUCCAGCUGCCCGGCGCCAGCAGCUUCUUGGCCGCAGGCCCCGCCCAGGUGCCAAUCGGUCAUCGCCAUGGGUUCGUGAAGCUUGGAGCCGUCUCCCCCCUGCACGGGCUGCACCUCAAGCCACUCUCCCUGGCUGGAGCUGCGUCUGGCCCAGGUCUGGCAGCCGCCUUCCUGCCCGCAGCCGCCGCCGCUCCCGCCGGAUCGCUAACACCCUCUGUGGGUGGAGGAGGGCUUCCACUGGGAGUCGGCCUCGCCAGCGCCGUGGCAUCGCCCUCGUAUGUGCUGCGUCCUGGCAACGCCGUCGUCUCCUCGUACAGUGUCAACUAUCCGCACCAGCAUCUGCAGAAGCCACAAGUCGUGCUCUCGUCCGGCCCCAGGCCGGUGCAUUUCCACGGACCAGCCACAGCAGUCGGAGUAGGGGCAGCAGUCCCAGCCCAUGGCCAUGGCCAUGUCCAUGCCGUGCAGCCUACCUACGUGCAGGCCCUGGCUCCUGCAGCUCCUGCUGUGCCUGUCCAACCCGUCCAGUCGUUCCAACCGAUUCAACCAGUACAGCACUACCAGCCCCUGCAGCCCCUGCAGCCCGUGCAGCCUAUUCAACCAGUACAGCACUUCCAUGCCGUGCAGCCGGUGCAGCAGCCGUCGGUGACCUUUGCUGAACAGCCAAACAUUCCCUUCAUUCCCCAGUUCGCGGUGGGACCCCCAUCCCCGGGAUUUUCGGGUGUCCCGACCUUCGCCUUCCAGCCCGCCCAGCCAGCGGUGCCAGCACAGCCUCCACAGCCCGCUCAGCCCGCCCAGCCGGCAUCGGCACCAGAGGGACCCGAGGUACCCCAAAUACCACAGAUCCCUGACAUUCCACAGAUCCCUGCCAUUCCGCAGAUACCGCAGAUACCACAGUUCCCAGUGAAUCCUCAGUUUCCGGGUAUUCCCCAGUUUCAGGGCUUCCCACAGUUCCCCGGAUUUCCACAGGUGCCACAAUUCCCCCAGACACCCACGGCACCCGCUGCACCCGCCUUUCCGCAAGCUCCGCCCAACAGCCAGUUCUUUCCCACGGUGGUGCAGCCACCGCUGCCCCAGCAGCCGCCCACGUUUAUCCAGACGGAGGCGCAGUUCCCUGGCGGAAUAGUCCCGCUGCCGGGAUCGAGUCCAGUGCGCCCCGAAACGGGCACGGCCAUAGCCUCGCCCCAGAUACCACCCCAGGCGCCCGAGCAGCCGGAGCCCGAGCAGGCGCCACCACCACCACUGCCCACACCGCAGCAGCCAUGGAAGCCGGUCUUCUAUCAGCCACCCACGGAGUCGGCGGCAGCCUCGCCCAACCGUCCAUCGAUCACGCUGCUGCCACCCUACGGCAGUGCCCCCGCAGAGGGCUACUUACCGCCUGCCGGCUCCCAGCCAUCGGCCUUUAGCUCCUCCAGCGGUGGAGUGGGCAGCCAGGGAGGCAUCUUUGAUCAGCUGAGCGACGCGGAGCUGGAGCACAUCUUCGCCCAGGCCAAUCUUGCGCAGCAGCAACACCACGCCCGCACCCACUCCUACCACCACUACUGA